GUGCUACAUUUACCAACAAUAACGUUGUCCCGAGCCUUCAAUGAUGUUGUGAGAUACUAAGAAGCAUGUUACCAGCUUUACUUACAAAGAUUCAAGUCUAUAUAAUGCGUUAUCGCGAGUCCCUGAAUCCAAAAUGGAGAAAUCGCAACCUCAACACGCUCGAGCAUCAACACCAAGAACACCCAUAUAGAUCACGAUCUGCACGACGCCUGUUCCACCUUAAACAGCUAUCCAAGUCCCUGACGAGAUGCACAAUCCCAAGGACGGUAACAUCCAGGAAGCUACACUGUUGAGCCGCAAGUUGGUGCCCAAUGGCGAGCUAAUCACCAGCCAGAUGUCGUUCCGAGUCCCCCUGGAUUACCGUCAACCCGAAGGCGACUACAUUAACCUGGGUGCCACCAUGGUCCACGCAUUCGCCACGCCCGGCGAGAGCCAAGAUAACGGUAAGUACCUCGACAACAAAAGUCCCAUCUUCGUCUUCCUCUGUGGAGGCCCCGGCACAGCCAACGACCCCUUUCGCAUCCCCGCCCUGAACCGGGCACUGCUGACGGGGACCUUCCUGCAAAACACAAAGUUCCAGGUCCUCUACCUUGACUACCGUGGUACCGGGCGCAGCGACCCCAUCACGGCCAGCACCCUCGCCAGGCUCGGAGACGUCCGGGAGCAGGCCGAAUACCUCAUGCAGUUCCGCCAGGACAACACGGUAAGAGACCUCGAGGCGGCCCGCAAGUGCCUAUCCGCCAAGCUCUGGAACGACCACAACCGACCCUGGAGUAUCAUGGGCCAGUCAUACGGCGGCUGGAUCGCCCUCACGUACCUCUCCCUCUGCCCGGGCGGCCUCAAGGAGGUCUUCCUAACAGGCGGCCUCGCCCCUGUCGGCCACACCCCGGACGAGGUGUACGCCGAGACAUACCGCCAAGUGCGCGCCCAGAACAGGGCCUUCUUCGCGCGGGACGCCCGCAACGGGCCCCGCGUCCGCCAGGUGGCGCUGCACAUCCUGACCACGGGCAACAACCGCAUCCGCCUCCCGAGCGGCGGCACGCUGACGGUCCAGCGGCUCAUGCUGCUCGGGCGCGCCCUCGGCGGCGCGACGGGGCUCGACGACGUCGAGAGGCUUGUUGCCACCAUGGCCGCCGAGGCGGCGUCGGCGGGCGCGCUGUCGCGGCGGACCCUGGAGCGGUUCGACGCCGCCGUCAGGCUCGCGGGGCGGCCGCUGUACGCGGCGCUACACGAGGCCAUCUACUGCGACGGGCCGGGCGUGGCGUCUCGGUGGGCGGCGCAGCGCAUGGGCCGCGGCGUCUUCCAGAGUAGUCCCGAGUACUGGUGGCUGCGGGGGGGACCCGUGACGGCGGCGCAGGUUGGUAAUGAGAAGAACAUGUUCUUCGCAGGAGAGAUGAUUUACCCGUUCCACUUCGAUACGUUCGCUGAGCUGGUUGCCUUCAAGGACGUUGCCGGCGCUGUGGCCGCCCGCACCGACUGGCCUGCUCUGUACGACCAGGCUCGGCUGGCGGCUAACACCGUGCCUGUUUGCGCCGUCGGGUAUAGCAAGGACAUGUACGUCAGCGCCCGGCUGGGUCAGCAGACGGCCUCCAAGGUUAGGGGGCUCAGGUACUUUGAGUCUCCCGACCUUGCGCACGAUGCCAUCCGGACCAACACCGACCUCGUCCUGGGGUAUCUUGUCCGGAUGAGCCAGGGCCUUCCCGCUCGGGGUUAGUAGGACGGGCGCUGCUUGCUAUCGCUUUUCUCCCUCGUGAUUUCUUUGCUCAUAAGUGAGUCUUUACCGGAAGUUUGGAUACGUAAGAUAUAUACCCCUUUCUAUCCCUUUUGUUGGCGAGUUGGUUGAGAUAUCGGAUGAACUAUACACGGAGUUAUGGAAUUAUACACGGAGUUAUGGCUUACACUGCUCUCGAUCGUUAAUUGUGAGUAUCUUGACUGCUGUAGCCCGUGGCUCAAAAUGUCGCCUUGGUAGUUGUCUCGUGUUGUUCUGUGAGCUAUGGUACGAGCAGGCGUGGAAGGGUUCGGGGCAGUUGGGUUUCGAGACUUGUAGCGUUCUCUCUUUUCUUCUCCCCUUUCUUCUUCCUUCCCCCCGUUGACUUGAUCAUCU